CUAUAAAAUAUCCACCAAUACACGAAUUCUUAUCAGAUGGUCGGUCAUUUGAUUGCAGAAAGGAAAAAAAAAAUAUGGAGCUAAAGUACAGUUUGUUGAUGAUGUUUUUGAUUGUCUCUGUAAUUUUAAUAAGUGUACUAGGAGCUGAUGAAUAUGUUCGACCAAAGCCUCGUAAAAAUCUUGAAUUCAAAUGGAGAAUCAGGGAUUCUUCUCAUCCUCAUCAGGUUCACAUUUCUUUGGCCGGAGAUAAGCACAUGCGCAUCUCAUGGGUGACAGAAGAUCAAUCUUCUCCUUCACUAGUAGAAUAUGGAACAUCACCUGGAGUGUACAAAUCAUCAUCUCAAGGAGAAAGCACUUCUUACUCUUACUUGUUCUACAAAUCUGGAAAGAUUCACCACACUGUCAUAGGACCUCUGGAACCUGGCCAAAGUUAUUUCUACAGAUGUGGUGGACAAGGUCCUGAGUUCGAACUCAAGACCCCUCCAUCUAAGUUUCCAAUUACUUUCGCCGUGGCUGGUGAUAUGGGUCAGACGGGUUGGACUGCUUCAACUCUUGACCACAUAGGGCAAUGCAAAUAUGAUAUGCAUUUGCUCCCUGGAGACCUCUCUUAUGCUGAUUACAUGCAGCAUCAGUGGGAUACAUUUGGUGAGUUGGUCGAGCCUCUUGCAAGUACAAGGCCGUGGAUGGUUACUGAAGGAAAUCAUGAAGUGGAAAGAAUACCAUUCGUGAAAGAUGGGUUUGCAUCUUAUAAUGCUAGGUGGAAGAUGCCUUUUGAAGAAAGUGGGUCGAAUUCAAAUCUUUAUUACUCUUUUGAAGUUGCAGGAGUCCAUGUGCUCAUGCUUGGCUCUUAUACAGAUCAUGAUGAGUACUCAGAUCAAUACCGCUGGUUGAAGGAAGACCUUUCAAAAGUGGAUAGGCAAAGGACACCUUGGUUACUAGCUUUGUUCCACGUACCCUGGUAUAACAGUAAUAAAGCACAUCAACACGAAGGAGAUAAUAUGAUGGCUUCUAUGGAGCCAUUGCUGUAUGCCGCCGGAGUGGAUAUCAUGCUUGCUGGCCAUGUACAUGCUUACGAACGCACGAAACGUGUUAGUGGCGGCAAAUCAGAUCCCUGUGGAUCUGUCCACAUAACUAUUGGUGAUGGAGGAAACAGGGAGGGCUUAGCUCACAGAUAUAUAAACCCAAGCCCGGAGUGGUCAGUGUUUCGCGAAGCAAGCUUUGGCCAUGGAGAGCUCAAGAUUGUCAAUUCGACUCAUGCAUUUUGGACAUGGCAUAGAAAUGACGAUGAUGAGCCAGUAAGGUCAGAUCAGGUGUGGAUUACAUCAUUGGCCAGUUCCAAUUGUCUUGCUAACAAUAGACGAAUGCACCUUAAUCUGUAAUUGGAAUGCUAUAACUGGUCACAGCUAACUCUGUUUUUGUUUUCCUUCAUUCAUCAGUUUCAUGAGUGAUGAUCUUAAUAUUAUUUGCCCUUGCCGUGUCAAAAAAAAAAGAAAAGAAAAACAAUAGAGGAAUCAAGGAGGAUUCUAAUGUCCCCCUGAAGGUGUGAAUCAUUCUGUCUGUACUUAUAUAGAUAUAUUAUAAAUUUAUAGUGGAACAACAUAUAGUGAUUCUGUGUUUAUUCCAUAUAGUUAUUAUCUAGAUCCUUGAAGUUGAUGUAAUUCCUUGGUUUACUGAAAGCUAUCAUAAUAAAAGCUGGUCAGUUUUGCGC